AUGAUCCCCACCACCGAGGACUACGUCCCGCUUGUCGCGUCGAUCGACGUCGGAACCACCUCUUCCCGCGUGAUCCUGUUCAACAAGCUCGGCCAGGAAGUGUCCAAGCACCAAAUCGAGUACUCGACUUCCGCGUCACGUGACAAGUGCUCCGCGUUUGCCAAGCGCCGCUUCAGCGUCGACGAAGCCGCCGCGGCAGUAGCGGCGCGCUCCGCGGCGCGCCGCACCUCCGCGGCCGGGUGCCCGAGCCCGCCCGCCAGCGCAAAGGCCCGGAAGCCGCAGGCCGCCGUGGCCCCUGUUUCGCCCGAGGCUAGCCCCGGGCUCGGCCCCGAACCGGCCGUCAAGAUGUCGCGCCAUGGCAGCGUCGCCCCGGCAACGCCUCCGGACUACCGCCGCCCCAGCCAGCCCAUCUUCUCGGCCGAGGGCAUCGCCAUCGAGGCCAACGAGUACCUCGAGAUCGAGGAUCUCGCCGGCGACCAGACGCCCACGCUCACGUUCCCCAAGCCGGGCUGGGUCGAGUGUAAGCCGCUCAACAUCCUGACCAACGUGGUGCAGUGUUUUGCCGCCAACGUGAUCUCGCUCAACCACCUCAACGCCGAGCGCGCCGCGUACGGGCUGGCGCCCUACAAAGUCACGUGCCUCGGCAUCGCCAGCAUGCGCGAGACCACGCUCGUGUGGUCGCGCCGCACCGGCCGGCCCAUUGUCGACUACGGCAUUGUGUGGAACGAUGUGCGCACCGCGCACAUCGUCCAGGCCAAGCGUCGGCAAACCUCGCCCGAGCACCAGGAGCGUCUGCGCGCCAAAACCGGGCUCCCCGUGCACUCCACCUAUUUCUCGUGCUCCAAGCUGCGCUGGCUGCUCGACAACGAGCCCGCUGUGCGCCGCGCCUACGACUCUGGCGACCUCAUGUUCGGCACCGUCGACACCUGGCUCAUCUACCACCUCACCGCGCGCCACGCGUUCGUGUCUGACGUCACCAACGCGUCGCGCACCGGGUUCAUGAACCUGGACACCCUCGACUACGACAACGAGCUGCUGGAGUACUGGGACGUGCAACGUGACAAGAUCGCGCUACCCCGCAUUGUGUCCUCCGCCGAGUACUACGGCGACUUCUGCGUCCCGCAGUGCGUGCGCGAGAGCAUCACCCCACUCGCGUGGGAUCUGCUCUCGGACUUUUUAGCCGCGCGCGCGCAGCCGCUGCCGAUCCAGGGGUGUCUGGGCGACCAGAGCGCGUCGCUGGUGGGCCAGCUGGCGUUCAAGCCCGGGGCGGCUAAAUGCACGUACGGCACGGGCUGUUUCCUGCUCUACAACACGGGCACGCGCAAGCUGAUCUCGAACCACGGCGCGCUCACGACGUUCGGGUACUGGUUCCCGUACCUCGAGGAUGAGGAGCACGCGCAGCCGCACUUCGCGCUGGAGGGCUCGGUCGCCGUCGCAGGCGCGGUGGUGCAAUGGCUGCGCGACAACCUGCGGCUGAUCCCCAAGGCGGAAGACGUGGGCCCGCUCGCGUCGCGUGUCGCGGACUCGGGCGGCGUCGUGUUUGUGCCUGCGUUCAGCGGGCUCUUCGCGCCGUACUGGGACCCAGACGCGCGCGCGACGAUCAUGGGCAUGUCGCAACAUACGACGGCGUCGCACAUCGCACGUGCCGCCGUCGAGGGCGUGUGUUUCCAGGCACGUGCGAUUCUGCGCGCCAUGAGCAGCGACGCGGUGCGUGGCGGGUCGGAGACGACCGGCGGCGGGGCAGGAGCGGACGCGGCGGCGUCAGCGUACGAGAACAGUCCGCUGUCGACGCUGGCGGUGGACGGAGGGAUGUCGCGGUCGUCCGAAGUGAUGCAGAUCCAGGCGGACAUUCUGGGCCCGUGCGUCAAGGUCCGGACCGCGCCCAACUCCGAGUGCACGGCACUCGGAGCGGCGAUUGCCGCGUCGCUCGCGUUUAAGAACAAGGAAGACCGCCCGCUGUGGAAGGAUCUGCGCGACGUGAAGCGGUGGGUGAUGUACGGCGGACACGAACCGGGCGCGGCGAAAAAGAGCAACGGAGUCGACGCGUUCGAGUCGCACGUGCGGAUCUACCGGUCUCAGUCGAAGGAUGAGGACCGCAGGCGCAAGUGGCGGCUGUGGGAGCUUGCCAUCGAGCGGUCGCGCGGAUGGAUGCGCGAUGUGCAGGCCGAGGAAGAAAAAUUUGCCAACGGCAAAAGGGCGUGA